CGAUAAGCCACUUGUCCGGAUUGCAAAGCCUUGCACUGGCCCCAGUUGGAGCAAUGUUCCCAUGGCAUCGGAUGAGAGUUCCGCCCGAUUGGUGCUGUCCAAAUUGUAGACGAGGCUUGCAAGAUGUGGACUGCUGGUGUGGGCGACAGAGCAUAGAAACAACUCCACGACCUUCCACCUUGAGCAAAACCCAGAAGUUUUACACAGAAGCUCUCAAGAAGGAGCCAUUUGACCAGAUGCGGCAACGGCUUUUGAAUCGUGGCCAGCGACAAUUGAAGCCACAAUCCGAAUACCUCCUUCAACAUAUGGGUUUGAGCAAGCAUCAAGUUGAACAUUGGAAGGAGGAACAGCGUAAGCUCUCCCAGUCUGCAUCCUUACCCCGGCUGGGAACUGCAAGGUCUCGAGCAAGUUCAUUUCGCAGUACGGUGUCAGGAGCAUCAGAAGCAGAGCUUUCUGCUCCGCAAGACCCCAUAGUUGCCUACAUGAUGCAUGGGCCUCCAGCUUAUUCACCAACGCUAGCAGGAAUGGCAUGUGCUGCAAUUCCUUAUUGAUGGACCAGCAUGCCGUUUCAUUCCAGUGGUCGACGUACCCCUUGCAAUUGCAUGCAUUUGCAGGACUGCAAAUGCUUCCAUUUCAGCUCAGGCAAAUUGCUCCAAAGGAGCAGGUCACUAGCUAUUUCGUUGCGAAUACUCUGACCGACGCGUGCGCGCGCGAGAGAAAGAGAGGGAGAGAGAGAGAGAGAGAGCGGGAGAUAGAGGGAGAGUGCAAUGAGAAUGCAAUGAGUCUAGAUCUGAGCAGCACCGCUUUUGGUUGCUUGUGCGUGAUGAGUUGAUCUCUGUUUUGGAAUCAGGUGCCCGAAGAGAUGUAAUCCACAGCUCCUGACUUUGAGCCACAUUCACACCCCAAG